UCCCCGGCUGGCAAAAUGUCUGACCGGCAGAAGAUCCACGUCUUCCUGGGGGCUCCUCCUCCCUCCUCCUGCCCAGCCUCGGUGCCUGAUGGCGGGAUGGAGGACGAGGAUCGUCCCCCUGCUGGCUGGAGACACCUGGAGCUCACCUGGAGGGACGGAUGGCUCAGACCUGCAGCAGACGAGCCUGGAAAUGAGUCGAGUUCAUUCAGAGGAGCAGAAAGAGCCGACGGGGACGAUGUAGAGUCACAAAGUCACGUCCUUCCAGGAAACACUAGAAAAACAACACGAGGACUCGAGGAAAAAUUCAACGUGUGUUCUGACGCACGUUCUCUGAGCGCAGAUGUAGAACCGGGUCCUGAGGAUCGGUGCUCGGCUUCGGUUCAUGAGUAUCUGGACAGGUGCUUCCCCACAGCUGAAAAAGCACUAGAAAAACCAGGACCUGAACCUAAACCUGAACUUGAACUUCAACCUGAACCUGGAUCCGAGUCUAGGUCUGGCUCCGAUCACCAGUCGUCCCCUGCCGUCCCCCCUCUCUCCGCCCACGCUCACUACCUCACCACCUGGACUCUAAGUCAGGCAUUGAUCUUGAGAGGCAGGCACGACGUCCAAUCAGCAUCCAGCCCUGAGAAGACCCCGCCCAAACACAGCUCCACGCCUCCGUCCAUCUCCUCCAGCACCCCUGAGCUCUUCAGCCCUGCCACCCCGUCACCUGGAGCCUCCGCCGAGCUCUUCAGCCACCCGUGUCCGACCCCGAGGGUGGAGGAAGGAGGCGUCGUCCUGGAGGCCACCACGGAUGGCGUCCUCUGUUCUCAGGAAGAUGCGACCGCCCACGAUUCCCCCAUUAAGUCCCCCAGCAGCAAGAGAGCUCGAGUCUCCGAGGACGAAGCACCUGACAGCACCAUCACCACCACCAGGGGCCUCCAAAGCCCCACCACACUACUGGCCCAGUGUGUCAGAGCCGGGGUGCGGCACUCGGUUCUGGUGGCGGUGGUCCACCCCUGUCAUCUGAAGGAGAUCAAGGUGAAGUCCGGGCCGUCAGCAGGAACCUUCGUUGCGCUGGCGUCCAUCGUGGUGACGGACCAAUCAGGCGUCGAGAUGAAAGUGGUCCUGUGGCGGCGCGCGGCGUUCUGGACUCUGACUGUGUGUCCUGGAGAUGUUCUGCUCAUCACAGGGCUGCAGGUGAACGAGGACAGGUGGAGAGGAGAGACGGUGCUGCAGUCCACCUUCAGCAGCAAACUGCUCAACCUGGGUCAGAUCACCGCCUCCGCCUCGCCUCCAGCUACCCGUCACAUUGACGCUCGCUCUCUCAGCUCUCUGAGUCGUUUCCUUCGGGAGCGGCGCCCCCUGCUGGUGUCGUUGCCCCGCCGCCCUCCUCAGGACCUGAGCCGCCUCCCCUACGCCACCCUGAGGUCACUGAAGGUCAACACGCUGGUUCACGCCCUGCUGCGCGUCACGCACACACACUUCAGCUCAGAGUGGCGGAGCGAGGCGGAGUCCCGCAGCCGGUCGGCGGUUCAGCUGAAGGCCGUCGUGACCGUGGAGCAGCCGGACGGCCAGCAGGGGGCGCUGCUGCUGUGGGGGGCAGCGGUGGACUGGCUGCCUCGCUUCAGCAGAGACAGAGCGGCUGUGUGGGACUUCCACGUCCUCCUGGUGAGGGAGGGUUUGGCCUCCGACCUCCUGGAGCUGCACUCCACCCCCUGGAGCUCCGUCCGGGCCGUGGACCCGACCGACCGCCGGGUUCAGGACUUCCACCGGACACAACGCCACCAGAAAGGCGGUAGCAGUAGCGCCGCUCUGGAGCUGGACGUCGACACGCUGCUGUCCCAGAAGUACAGCGGUGAGGUGGAGCUCCGGGUCCAGCUCAUCACCUUCCACUUCCAGGAUGCUCCGCCCUCCCAGAAUGCACCUCAGGUGGUCCUGGACAGCUCCACGCCGCUGGACGGCGUUGUGGAGGUGUUGAGCGGCGACAUCACCUACACCGGCUGCGGUCGCUGCUCCGCCGAGCUCGACACCGACGCUAACGGCAUCUACAGCCCCUGCUACCCCUGUCUGCCCCACACCGCCGUACGCCGCUACUACAGGCCAGGUGUGCUGACGGUGAGUGGGCGGGGCUGCAGCCAGGUGUGUGUUCAGGUUCCUCCUGUUCCUCUGCAGAAGAUACUGGAAGCUCCACCUGAUAAACUCCACCGGAGCUCAGCUCCAGGUUCUGAGGUGAAGCACAUCCAGGUGGCAGCACAGAGGCUCCAGACCCUCCUCUCCCUGCCGAGGAAAACCUUCGUCAUCACCAUCCGGAGCCACUUCCUGUGCGACGAGAACAGCGUCGCCAUCAGUCAGGACUUCACGCUGCUGGACCUUCAGUUCCCCGGAUGACCUCCACCUCCAUCAGCUCCAUGAAGCCUCGUUCACGUCCGACUGGAUCUGAAACGCUGCUUUUCAAGACUCUCAGGGCCGUUUUAUUGACCAAACCAAAAACACAAGAGCAAGACUGGAAGGACUGGAGUGUGUUUACCUGCUCUAAUGUGAGACAUUAAAGCUGCAGAAUGAAUUAGUUCCAUUAGUUUGUAGAGUUAAAGAGUCAGUAUGAGACUCAACUCUAAAUAUUCUGUUAACAAGAGAAAUACACGACUUUAAAGCAAAACUAAUGUCAGUUAUGAGCAAAAACUGACCUAAAAGGUUUUCUUGAAAUAAGCAUAAAGAAGUGGCCACUACAAAAAUGAUCUAAAUGUAAAACUAGGACAUUUUUCAAUCAUAUUAGACAAAUAUGUGUCAUUUUGGGAAGGUUUGGAGUUGUUUAUUUGGACAAGCUUUACAUUACUGACAAAUUAUGAGUCAUUUUGGACAAAUUUAGGUAAUUUUGGUUUAGCUUCAAGUUAUUUUGGACACUUUUUGGAUGAAUUUCAAAAUAUUUUGGACCAUUUUUUUUUAGCUAUUCUGGACAAACUUAUGCCAUUUCGGACACAUUAACUAGUUUUCAACAAGUUUUGUCACUUUGGACAUUUCUGAGUCGUUUUCGAUACAAAACACUGAAAUCAGAUUUAGUUUGAAAGCAAAGCCUCCGAC